AUGGCGCUAUUAUUCCCUUUACGUUGUUUGUCAUUUUACUACAUGAGGAAAAACUACGCUCACUAGGGGGUCCUAAACUAGAAGGCAUACAGCUUUUAGGGUAUUUUAACUAACCCGCUACGUUAAUUAUUCUAACUUGCUGCAUACGUUCACCUAACCUAUUACGAAAAGUCAAAUCUGGCAAAAGCUGUAUUCAAUUUAGUCAAAACCCUUCUAUGGGCUUAUUUAGCGACUUAGUCGCUAUAUUUUGGUGAGUUUUCAGAUACCUUCGGCGACUUCUAUUGGUAAAAGAGUCGAGCGACAAAAUGCAGCUACCUUUCAGAUAGCCUUGGGGGAGUUUUGAUAGCUUUAGCGAAUUUUCCCAAACAAUUAUGCCGCAGACGAGAGUGGGAGAAGUUGUCUGUGGAACAGAAAUCACAGUAACGGCGCACACACAGGCAGAGAAUCACAAGGGGAGGAGGUGUGCGGCGGGAAAGAGGACAAGAACGCUACACGGGGGAAAAAAUCAGCUGUGCCGCAGCAAGGCAAAUUGGUGCUGUGACGUUGUCGUGGAAACGGUCCUCUAGCGACAAGGCAAGGAGCCAAUACAGAUUCUUACCGAAAAAUAGUUUAUUUAUUUUAUUUAACUAGACAAGUUAAAGAGAACAAGAACAAAUUAAUAUUUACAAUGACGGCCUAUGAACAGUGGCAGAACGACAGAUUUGAACCUUGUCAGCUCGGGGAUUCGAUCUGCAACCUUUCGGUUCCUGGACCAACGCUCUAACCACUAGGCUACCUGCCGCCCCAACUGAAUAAUUGUUGGCAACACUGGCUACAAUACGAGAUUGUUCUUCAAAGGAUUAACAGAUACUCUGAAUGAUGAUUAAGAAUCACGAAGAAGAUGAGUUUGUUGCUGUGCGGGUCCAAGAUCCUCGGGUUCAGAAUGACGGGUCUUGGAAUUCGUACGUAGAUUUCAAGAUAUUCCUACAUACCAACAGCAAGGCUUUCACGGCCAAGACGUCAUGUGUGCGCCGUCGCUACAGUGAGUUUGUCUGGCUCAAGAAGAGGAUGCAGAAGAACACUGGCUUGGUACCUGUCCCAGACCUGCCCAGCAAGCCCUUCUUCUCCUCUAGUGGUGAGGACUUCCUGGAGAAGAGGAGGAAAGGCCUGCAGUCCUUUCUGGACAAAGUGUGUAGCAUGACAGUAUGUCUGUCAGAUAGCCAGCUCCACCUCUUCCUGCAAACCCAACUGCCGGUUGGUCACAUCCUGGACUGUGUGCAGGGCCACACCCCCUACACUGUGACAGAGGCCAUCCUCACCUACGGCUCAUCCAAUCAGGGCCGGGUUCCAGAAGAGGACUCACCCCAGGACCCGAGUCUUACUCCAGUUCCUUAUGAGUCCAUGGAGUGCCCUGUUCCUCAUCUACCUACCCUGCGAUGUGAAGAGCCCCUCACCCCAGUGAACCUCACAUCCAGUGAGCCAGAGGGCCUACGGACUGAGAAGUUCCUAGCUGACCCCCAUGACAUAGACGCUGUAGAGUUACAGCUCGGUGAGAACCCUUCCUCAGAGGUCACCCAAGAGGACCACGAUGUAGUCCAUGUAGAGGCCACCCUGGAGACACACAGCCCGGUGGAGACUAUCUUUAAGUGGGACGGCCAUGAAGACUCUACCCCAGAAAGGCUCGACCAUGAGGAGGUGAUCCACCACCAAGGGGAUUGUCAACAGCAGACACUUGUGGAAGCGCACUCUGAAAAGUACCCCGGCUUGGAGGAGGAGUGUGUAAUGGAGGGGAAGAAUGAGAGGGUCAUUGAGGAGACCCAUACAGACACGACUACACAGACAAUCCCUCCCAAACAGAGUAGCCCAGAGCUAGACAUCCAUGAGGAAACCCCUCAAGAUGGCCUAAGGGAGACAGUUCUAGAAGACCUUAACCCUGCGGAGGAAGCUCAAGAAUCAACCUCCGAAGGGGACAGUGACAAAGACACAGUAACAGCCAUUGAGCUGGACAGCCAAGGACACACGGAUGAGAUCAACUCCCACGUAGAGAUCAGCCUAGAGGUGGAAAGUGUUGAUGACACAACCCAAAAGGUAGAAAUCGAUGACUCAUCUUGAGGUGGAAAGUGGCGAUGAGGCAACCCAAGGGAAGACUCCCUUGGACAUUCAACAAGUAGAUAAUCAACUGGACACAACAGAAGAGGUUGAUAGUGAUGAGGAAAUUAAUGGAGAGGACGGGGAGAGUCUUGGGAAUGGGGAGACUACAACAUCCGAUGGGAGUAAUAAGGAGAGCGACAACAAGGACACGAGACAAAUGGCUACAUGGAGUCAGCUCCUGAGAAGGGACAUCACAAAACCGACCACACAGAGGCAGAAGAAGUCCUCAACAGACAUUCUAAAGCCCGAAACUAACCAAGAUCCCUCACAUGAAGAAAUAACACCUGAGGUACCCAAUGCUCAGCGGACCAAUGGUGUCAAAGUCGGAGAGGGAAUUAGUCUAACUCAAUCCGCAUGUGUUGCCCCAAUGGCAUUAAUGUGGCAAAUAAUUUGGCAGUUAAUUCACAUGCCUUCUGAAUGCUGUGUGAUCCAGAACUGUGAUGCUGUUAAACCGUGACGUGAGUUACGUGAGUUUGGUGUGGGUGAAUGUUACUCAAGACACUUGCAACUUAUCAUGCAAUCAACUUUGACUGUUUUAUUCAUAAGUUCUGGGGGGGAAAAGUGUCAUCCUGCAUGCGUUCCCUUAGGCAUUCUGUGUUGCUGUUGUGGGGCGGGUUUCUGGGUUCAGCUUGAACAAACGAGGAUGAGUGUCGUUCCACCUAAAAGCACAAGAAUUGUGCUGAAACAGGUUUCAUUCCAGAAACAUUAUUUUGCGGAAAUAUAAUUUGAUCUCUGAUAAAUAAAUACAGUACCUAACAUCCUA